AUGGGAGCCUUUGCGUUCCUUACUGUAGAUCGGAUAAUUGAUGUGGACUCUGAUAAGAUUCCACCAAAAGUGAACAUGGUUGCUUUGAGGAACAGGAUCCGCGCAGUUCAGGAAAGAGAUGGAUUCUGUACUUUUCUUGUUGAGAGGCCCUCAUCUCUUCAUCACGUUAUGAACCCCAGUUGUGCUGCCAUGAAAACAUCUGGGACCUCUAUCGAUGGUAUCGUUAUGGGCGACGACGCCAUCGAAAUAGGAGCCCGAGAAGCAUUUAAAUACAGUCAUGUGAAAAACAAGCAAAGACAUAUUUCUGUUUAUGGAGUAAAGCCACCUCAACUGCCAACCAUAGAGUACGAUCUCGUAACCGCUGUGGAAGACUCUGAAGGUGACUCUGCUACGAUUUCUGUAAAUCGGUCUCAAUCGAGUUGA